UAAAACCACACAUGACUGGGAGAGGCAAGGACUGAGGUUGCACCCUGCUCAAAAUGCACGGCCGACUGAAAGUCAAGACCACAGCUGAGCAGCAGGAGGCGAAGAGGAAAGAAAGAGAGAAGAAGCUCAAGCUGUACACAGGAGCAACUCAGAAGGUUUUUCAAAAGAGGAAGGAUGGAGAAUUUGACGAUGAAUCCCUGGAGAUUACCAGCCAGCUGCUGUCAUCCAACCCAGACUUCUACACUCUCUGGAAUUACCGCCGGGAAAUAUUCCUGGAUCUCACCAAAAACAGUGAAUCCCAGGAGAUGCAAGACAGAUACAGCAAGGAGCUGAAGUUCCUUGAAUCAUGCCUGAUGGUCAACCCUAAGUCUUACGGGUCAUGGCACCAUAGAGGCUGGGUCAUGGACCACAUGCCGGAACCAGACUGGAAGCGGGAGGUGGCACUGUGCAACCAGUACCUGGAGUACGACGAGAGGAAUUUCCAUUGCUGGGACUACCGUCGCAUUGUUGUCUCCAGGGCCAACGUCCCUCCUGCCGAUGAGCUCAAGUUUACCGACACCAAGAUCUCCAGUAACUUCUCCAACUAUUCCUCCUGGCAUUACCGCAGCAAACUGCUUCCAUUGCUGCAUCCAGACCCAGAGAACAAGGGAAGAGUCAAGGAAGACAUACUGCUACAAGAGUAUGAGCUGGUUCAAAACGCCUUCUUCACAGAUCCCAACGACCAGAGUGCCUGGUUUUACCAGCGGUGGCUGCUGGGUAGAGCCGAGAAACCACAGGAUAUUAAUCUGCUUUACGCAAGACGAGAGCCUAGUAGAAUUGUGGCUGUUUUUGCUCAGCCUGUUAAACUCUCUGAGGAUGGCGCUGCAACAUCUGUGACAGUAAACGGCAGUGGAGUUUCUGGAACAUGGAGGAACUCGCAGGGAGCACAUAACCACGCCUUGGUGUGGGUGUAUUUGAUGAACAAUGAUGCACUCUCUGCCCAAGGCACAUUGGAAGUAUGCCUGUCAGUAGAUGACCUGGGCGUGUCUAGACAAUGCACCCUGACAGCAGACCAGACUGAAGGCUGGUGCCAUGAGUCAACAGACAGCGUGGAGCUCUUCACUGCACAGUUGAGUAUGGAGAAGUCAGGGGUUCUGACCCAGGAGCUUGAGUCUUGCCAACAGCUACAAGAACUAGAACCAGAUAACAAAUGGUGCUUACUGACCAUCAUUCUCCUCAUGAGGGCCAUCGACCCCCUCAAGUAUGAGGCAGAGACGUUACGAUAUUUUGAAACCCUCCUACAGACAGACCCGCGCAGGGCGGGGUACUUCCGAGACCUGCGCAGCAAGUUUGUCAUCGAAAAUGCCAUCACUCGAAACAUGCAACAGCAGUCCGCUAGUAGAGAAAUAGAUUUAUCUGGGAAGGAACUCACAACCCUCCGCCACACAGAACGCAUGGUGCUGAUGACCCGGGUCAAUCUCUCAUCCAAUCAGCUUCCUUCUCUCAAGGGAUGCCAUACGCUGCUGUGUGCACAGACGCUAUUGGCCGAUAGCAACUCUAUCCGAGAUUUGAAAGACCUGCCCUCUCUGCCGUGUCUUGAGACGCUAUCACUGAAGGCAAAUUCCAUAGGAACUGUGCAGGACCUGGCACCCCUACAGACCAGCACCAGACUACAGAAUCUGGAUCUAAGAUCCAACCCUGUUUGCGACAUUCCAGACUUCCAGCAGAGUGUGAAAGCACUUCUUCCACAACUCACCACACUGAAUGAGGAAAAACUUUGAUGUUGAUUCAGAUCUUGUUGUCUUAAUUGCAUAUCCUGUAAG